CAGCUGAUUCUUUAUAAGGCAGACACAGGUCAGUCUGAGCGGACGAAAAGCAGGACAUCCUCUCAGCUCACACUGACCUUUGACCUCUGCAGUGAUUAGGCUACUUUAAAACAAAAACACGCUGAUAAUUGUGGUCAGCUCUCACUCAUUGAGAGCAUUCCUUCAGAUAAGACCUGAUGGUCUUUGAACUUCUGCUGUUCAAACACAAGCACAGCUGUUGCAGAUCGUGGCUGGUGUGUGUGUUAUCGCACAGAUGGAUAAUACUUGGUUUCUUUAAGACAGCAGCAAAAAUUUGACACUGGUGUGACAGAAAAAGGCAUGUACCCGCAAAAAACCGUUGCGUCAUAGUGAAGAGUGCUUUAGUCAGAGCAGACGUCUGUCUGUGUGACGCUCAGGCUGAAAAUUCUCUGAAGUUGGUGUAUGAAGUUUGAAGGAUUAACAAAUCCUUCUUAACAGCUCUGAAACACAGUUCAGGAAAGAUAAGGGUGUCACUGCAUAUGUAUGAGGAGGGCGGAGUCAGAUAAGGGAGUCUAACGCUAGUAAAGUCUCCUGCAGCUGUGCAGAGUGCAAUAAUACAGUAGUGCUCGGAUAGUUCAGGAUUUGUGUGUCAGUGCUUGAACAAUAAAAUCCAGUGUCAUUAUUCUGAAUCUCACAGACAUGGACCCUCAGGUGCCCAAAGACAAAUAUAAUGGCGUGUGGUGGAUUUUCUUCAUGCUGGGGUUGGGAACGCUGCUGCCAUGGAAUUUCUUUAUGACAGCCACCGUGUAUUUCACCAGUCGCCUCGCAGACCCUUUAAAUGAAGCAAACUUCUCAGCCAACGUGACUGAAGAAACCCCACGGAGCGUCUUACAGGCCAAGUUUAAUAAUGUGAUGACGUUGUGUGCUAUGGUUCCUCUGCUGGUGUUCACCUGCCUCAACUCAGCCCUUCACCAGAGAAUUCCUCAGAAGAUCAGGAUCGCAGGGAGUCUGGCGGCCAUUCUGCUGGUGUUUUUGCUGACUGCCAUCCUGGUGAAAGUAGACUUGGAGCCGCUGCCGUUCUUCAUCAUCACCAUGAUUAAAAUCAUCUGCAUCAACUCGUUCGGAGCCGUCCUGCAGGGAAGUCUUUUUGGAAUGGCCGGCCUUCUUCCAGCUUCCUACACGACACCCAUCAUGAGCGGACAAGGCCUCGCAGGAACCUUCGCUGCAUUCGCCAUGAUCUGUGCCAUCGCCAGUGGUUCUGCUUUACAUGACAGCGCGUUUGGAUACUUCAUCACAGCGUGUGUCGUUAUCGCCCUCGCAAUCGCAUCAUACGUCGCCCUUCCUAAACUGGCAUUUUUUCAGUACUAUCAGGAGAGUCAGCAGAACAAACCAGCUGAGGAUGAAGAGAACAAGAUGAAUCUGCUGAAGAAAGAUCAGCGGCAGCAGAGCGCUGGAGACAACGACAAACAAACACCUUCCAUGCUGGCCAUCUUUAAGAAGAUCUGGGUCUUGGCUCUCUCUGUGUGUUUCGCCUUCACGAUCACCAUCGGCACGUUUCCCGCGGUCACUGUGGAUGUGAAAUCUACCAUCGCUGAUGGAGGAGCGUGGGAGAAGUACUUCAUCCCAGUGUCUUGUUUCCUGUUAUUCAAUGUGUUUGACUGGGCCGGCCGCAGUCUGACCGCGUUGUGUAUGUGGCCUGGUAAAGACAGUAAGCUGCUGCCGGCUCUGAUAGUGGCGCGUGUGAUAUUCGUCCCUCUCUUCAUGCUCUGUAACGUCCAGCCUCGCUUCAAUCUGCCCAUCUACUUCUCAAACGACUUCUGGUUCAUCGCCUUCAUGAUCCUCUUCGCCUUUUCCAACGGAUAUCUGGCCAGUCUGUGCAUGUGCUUCGGACCCAAGAAGGUGGAUCCAAGCGAGGCGGAGACGGCCGGAGCGAUCAUGGCCUUCUUCCUGUCUCUCGGUCUCGCUCUCGGAGCGUCUCUGUCGUUUCUCUUCCGCGUGCUCGUCUGAAGUCUCGACACGCCCAGAUGAGACUGAAUGAGCGUUACAGCUGCUCUCACACCUCAAAAAAAGACCUGAUCUCGAGUGAACGGGCACAUGAUGAAUGUACAGUACAGAUCCCACUGGAUGAGGCUGACGCUGGAGGCCUUUAAUAAACUCUUACAGCCCAUAACGUAAAGAACUUAAAGCUUACACUACCAUUCAAAGGUGUUUUUGGGAGGGAAAGAAAUUAAUACUUUUAUUCAGCAAGGGCGUAUUAAUCAAAAGUGACAUUAAAACAUUUAUAAUGUUACAAAAGAUUCUAUUUCAAAUAAAUGCUGUUCUUUCUAUUCAUCAAAGAAUCCUGAAAAACUAAAGUAUUGUGGUUUCCACAAAAAAUAUGAAGCAGCAAAAACUGUUGUCAACAUUGAUAAUAAUCAGAAAUGCUGCUGAAAAAUCAGCUUUGCAUCACAGAAAUAAAUUACAUUUUAAAAUAUAUUAAAAUAGAAAACAGCUAUUUUAGAUUGUAAUAAUAUUUCACUGUAUUUUUUGAUCAUAUAAAUACAGCCUUGGUGAGCAGAAGAGACAAAAACAUUAAAAACUCUGACCCUAAACUUUUGACUGGUAGUGUAUAUUAGUAUUAGUACUGUUGUUAUUGUUUAAGAGUGUUUUUUUAACACAUUUUACAUGAAUAGUUCACUCAAAAUGAGUUUUUGAAUGUGAACCAUUUCUUCAAAUCAGUUGUUUUUAAUCACAGCUUCCUCAAAGAUAGAAUUAUCACAGCACAUUUAAGACAAAACAGUACAGUAUGUCAUUUUUUAUAUUCAAAUCUAUAUUUUUUCUUUAUAGAAGUUUAUAUUAGGCAAAUAUUGUAUUGUAGCUGUUUUUAAUAAUCAGAUGAAGGUGAAAUGCAUUAUGAUAUUAUAGUAUUUAACUCAUCAAUGUGAAGUUUUAAAGUUUUCAGCGCAUACGAUCAAACCAACUCUACCUCGUACCAUAUCGAACAACUUUUUUUCCUCUACACUACAUCAUUCUCUGGAAGAGAAGACACCAAAGUGCAAAAUAUUAUAUGCUUUAUUAUUAAUAAAACCUGUUGUUUGCUUCUGCA